AUGAAUAGACCAAAAAGAGAAAAGAAAUCAAUUACAGAUGUUUCAACAUUAAAAUCAUUAGAACAAAUAAAGAGAGCAAGAGAUGGUGAGAAAAGAACAGAUCAAUUACAAGAAGAGGAUGAUGAAAGAAAGAGAUUAGAACAAUUGAAAGAACAAGAAACUGAAUUCGAUAAAGAAGAGAGAAAAAGAAAGAAUAGAGAUUUCAUUGAAGGUGAUAGUGGUUAUCGUGAAACAAGUGAUAACGAAGAUGAAGAUGAGGACGAAGAUGAUGAUGGCGAUAAUAGUGAUGAUGAUUAUAGUUUAGAUGAGGAUGAUGAAGAUGGUGGUGGUGAUGGUGAAAACAAUGAUAGUGAUCAAGAAGAAGCAAUUGAAGUUGGCCGUAAAAAAAAAAGACAAGUUAAAAAGAAAUCAAAGAAAGAUGAAAAUGGUGAACCAAAAGUUAAAACACCAAGAGUUAAAAAAACAAAAGAAAAAAAGAAUGAAAUCGUUCCUGAAAAAAAUCGUAUAAUUCAAUUUAUUAAUAAUCCAACUGAAUCAAAAUCAACUUCAAAUAAUGAAUCUUUCUUUUUUGAUAAAUUAAAAAAAUCAAAUUCGAAUACAUUAAAUUCAACCAAUUCAACAUUAAAUAGUAAUGAAUUAAGUAGUGGUGGAACAAUGUCAUCAUUGGAUAUUGAAUCAAUGCUUAAUGAUUUACAAAGUGCACCAGAUUCAGAAUUAGAUUUAGAAAAAUUAAAAGAAAAACAAUUAGAAUUAGAAAAGAAAUUAGAGAAAGAAGCAUUAUUAAAUAAACCAACCAUUUCAACUGAAACUAUUAUAACUGAGGGUGUUGAAUUAGAUGAUAAUUAUGAAUUUGAUUUCGAUUUUAAUAAUCCAAUUACAACUAAUAAUAAUAAUAAUAAUAAUACAAAAACAACAACCACAACAACAACUACAACAAUAACAAAUAAAAAUUUAAAUAAAGUUAAUAGUAUGAGUUUACCAACUAGACCACAAGCACAACAAUUUAUAUCACCAAAACAAACGAAUCAAGAAGAUUGGUGGAGUAAAACUGGUGUUGAUAGUGUUGUUUUGGUAAAGAAAUUAGAAGAGAUUAUGCCAAAGAAUAGUGAUCUUUUAAAGAUGAAUAUGGAUGGAUCGUUGGAUUUCUUUUUAUUGACAACUGAAGAGGAUAAGCAAGGUAGAAUCAUUCUAUUUGGUAAAGUUAAAUUACAAGCUUCUAAAUCAAAUAAACCAGGUGGUGGUGGUGGCGCAACUAAACAAACUUCAAUCACUGAUGAACCAGUUACAAAAGUACCACUUAAAUAUGCCUCAUGUUGUAUUAUCAUUGAAAAGAUGGAGAGAAAUGUAUUCUUUUUACCAAGAGAUUAUAAAUUGGAUCAGGAUGGUGAAUCCACUACAAUUCAAGUCACCGAUACAAUGAUUGAGGCAGAAUUGAAACAAUUGGUUGACAGAUCAAAAAUUAAAGAUUACAAAUUGAAAAAGGUAAAGAGAACAAGUGCAUUCGAUUAUUCUGUACCCCACAAGAACGGUCCGGUAGGUGAACAACAUUAUGUUUGGAAAUUAAGUUACCCAUCCAAUCAGAUGGUUUUCCCAAAUGAUAUCAAAGGUUCAACUUUUAGAUGCGCCUAUGGCAUAACAUCAUCACCUGUCGAGCUUUUCUUGAUAAAGAGAAAGAUUAUGGGUCCAACUUGGUUAACAGUGUCAGGUAUCACAUUGAAUUUCGAUCAAAAGAAAUCAUUCGCUCGUUAUGAAGCCACUGUUAAAUCCUUUAAAUCCAUUAAACCAAGUAUGUACAAAAAUGAACCAUCACCACCAUUGACCGUAAUGAGUAUCAGUACCAAAUCAGUUAUGAAAGGCUCCUCACAUGAGGUUGUAAUGAUUAGUUCAGUGAUUCAUGAAUCAAUAUCAGCCGAUGGUCCAACAGAGAAUCAAGAUUCUAUCAAGUAUAUCACUGCCAUUCGUCCAUUGACAGGUCAAGUUUUCCCACCAGAUUUUCAAAAACCAGGUGCUUCAACUACUAAACAAAAUGUUACCAUUUGUACCUCUGAAAGAAAUCUAUUAUCAUUCUUUUGUGAAACCGUUUUAAAUGCUGAUCCAGAUGUUUUCGCAGGUCAUAAUAUCAUUGGCUAUGAUAUUGAGGUCAUUUUAGAUAGAUUAGAGAAAUUAAAAGUUAUGGAAUGGGCAUUCAUUGGUCGUCUUAAAAGAUCAAGUUUCGAUAGAUUCAAUCAUAUCUCUGGUCGUUUAAUUUGUGAUUCCUAUUUGGUUUGUAAAGAAUUUUUACCAAAAGAAAAGAAUUAUUCAUUAGUUGAAUUAUCAAAAAAUCAAUUAUCAAUUAAUAAACCUGAAAUUAAUUAUUUAUCAAUUGAACCAUAUUUUGAAACAACUAAAAAAUUAAAUAUUUUUAUUGAAAUUAAUGAAAAUGAUUGUUAUAUUAUAUUUUUAUUAAUUUUCAAAUUAUUAGUAUUCCCGUUAACAAAACAAUUAACAAAUUUAGCAGGUAAUCAAUGGGAUAAAUCAUUAAAAUCAAAUAGAGCAGAAAGAAUUGAAUAUUUAUUAUUACAUAAUUUCCAUGAAAAGAAAUAUUUAUUACCAGAUAAAAUUUAUCAAAAAUCAAGUAGUAGUGGUGGUGGUGGUGGUGCUAAAGAUAAAGAUAAUCAUGCAGCAUAUAGUGGUGGUUUAGUACUUGAUCCAAAAAUUGAUUUCUAUGAUCGUUAUGUUGUAUUAUUAGAUUUCAAUUCAUUGUAUCCAUCAAUUAUUCAAGAGUAUAAUGUUUGUUUUACAACUAUUAAUCGUGUUAAAAGAGAUGAUGGUAAAUGGGAAGAAGCAAUGCCACCACCAUCUUCCAUUGAAAAAGGUAUACUUCCAAAGGUAUUACAUGGUUUGGUUUCAAAGAGAAGAGAAAUUAAAAAGAGAAUGGAGCAAGAAAAGAAUAAAAUAAUAAAAGCACAAUAUGAUAUUCAACAACAAGCCGUUAAGUUAAUUGCAAAUUCAAUGUAUGGUUGCUUAGGUUUCUCUCAUAGUAGAUUCUAUGCAUUACCAUUGGCAGAGUUGGUCACUAGAAAGGGUAGAGAAAAUCUUCAAAAGGGUGCUUCCAUCGUUAAUAAAAUGUGCUAUGAUGUAAUCUAUGGUGAUACUGAUUCCCUUAUGAUCUACACUGGUGUCGGUACUUUCAAUGAAGCUGAAACCAUUGGUAAAGAAAUUCAAAAGAAAAUCAAUGACCAAUAUCGUGGUAGUGUAAUGGAAAUUGGUUUAGAUGGUAUUUUCAAACGUUUAUUAUUAUUUAAAAAGAAGAAAUAUGCUUGUUUGAAGGAAUUCCGUAUCGAUUCAACCACUACCAAAUGUGAGAGAGAAAAUAAAGGUAUCGAUAUUGUUCGUAGAGAUUAUUGUGACCUCACUAAGGAUAUAGGUCAAUGGGUUUUAAAUUUGAUUUUAGGUGGUGAAGAAAAGAUUGCACUCUUCUCUUUAAUUAAGGAAUAUUUAGAGAGUGUUCAACAACAAAUUAAAGAUAACACACUUGCUGUGGAAAAAUUCAUUAUCACUAAGACCCUCUCAAAACAGCCAGAGGAGUAUAAUGAUGCCGAUAUUCAACCACAUGUUCAAGUUGCACUUCAAAUGAGGGCUAAAGGUUUACAUGUCCAACCAGGUGAGCAAGUACCUUACAUUAUCACACAUGGCAAUUCAUCAUCAGAUAUUAAAGAGGAAUGGCAUCAUAGAGCAAGAGCUCCUUCAGAUGUUGAAUCAAUUCAAGAUGUUGAUAUCGAUUGGUACCUUUCUCAACAGAUUUUACCAUCCAUUCAACGUAAUACCGGUCCAAUCGGUAUGGAACCACAUGAAUUGGCUCAAUGGUUAGGUAUGACUGGUACAAAAUAUCAAAAACAAUUUGACCAUUUACAACAACAAUCUAAUCAAGAUUUUAAACCACGUUAUACUUUAUCCACUGAAGAUCUUCGUUAUAAACAAUGUAAAUCCUUUAAUUUCGAAUGCCCAUAUUGUGGUCAAAAUAAUGAAUUCACUGGAAUUGUAAAGAUUGAUUCAGAGGGUAAAAGUGAAUCUGGCUUCGAUUGCAACCAAUGUCAUGCUAAAAUCCCAUUAAAGAAAUUAGCUAAUCAAUUACAAUUAAACAUUAGAACUUAUUUGAAGCAAUAUAAUGAUUGGGAUUUACGAUGCACCGAAUGUGAAAAAGUCUCUAAAAACUAUAAAGAAACCUCUUAUCGUUGCGCUAGACCUCAAUGUCGUGGUAAAAUGAUUCAAAUUAUGACAAGUUCAAAAUUGUUUAAUCAAAUUAGUUUCUUUUCAAAACUAUUUAGAAAUGAUCUUUCAAACUCUGAUAAUACCACUACAAUCAUUCCAAAUGAAGAUCAAAAUACUCUUAAACAAGCAAAACAAAUAAUUGAUUCUUUUCUCUCUAAAUUUGAUCAAUAUAAUGUAAAUUUAAAUUCACUCUUAACUCCUUCACAAACUUUAGAUAGUUUUAAUAAUUAUUUAGCUUCUUCUCGAGCUAGUAUUCAAUAUCCAAUACUUAAUAAAUAA